CUGAAGGCGAGGGGCGAGCGCCAGGGAGCCCCCCUCCGGAACCCCCGCCCGCCCCCGGAGCGCCGGCGGCGGCGGCCCCUCGAGGACCGGCUCCAGGAGAUGAUAGAAAGUGACAUCUCAUCCAUGAUGUCAGGAAUUCUUCGAAACUCGGGGCAGAAUCACCACCCCUCUCCCCAGGAAUACAGGCUCCUAGCCACCGCCAGCAACGACGACCUCCCUGGGGACCUGCAGUCGCUGUCUUGGCUCACGGCCGUGGACGUGCCCCGGCUGCAGCAGAUGGCAAGUGGCCGUGUGGACCUGGGAGGCCCCUGUGUGCCACAUCCACACCCAGGCGCCUUGGCUGGGGCGGCGGAGCUGCACGUGGGGGCCUCCCCCGGCCCCCUUCUCCACUGCGCGGCUGGCAUGGCCCCUCGGGGCAUGCUGGGCCUGGGCCCCAUAACCAACCACGGAGCCAGGAUAAGCCAGUUCCCCGUGGGGACCCACCCCCCGCCCGGCCUGCAGGACCCGCCGCAGCUGUACUCGCCCGCCGCCCAGCCACAGUUCCCGCUCCCCCUGGGCGGCCAGCAGUGCCCCUCCGUGGGCCUCUACGGCUCCCCAUUUGGGGCACGGCCCCCCUACCCACAGCCCCACGUGGCUGCGCACCCGUCGCAGGACCUGCACCCCAGACACUACCCCAAGCCCAUCUACUCAUACAGCUGUCUGAUCGCCAUGGCCUUGAAGAACAGCAAGACAGGCAGCCUGCCCGUGAGUGAGAUCUACAGCUUCAUGAAGGAGCACUUCCCCUACUUCAAGACGGCUCCUGAUGGCUGGAAGAACUCGGUGAGGCACAACCUGUCCCUGAACAAGUGCUUCGAGAAGGUGGAGAACAAGAUGAGCGGCUCCUCGCGCAAGGGCUGCCUGUGGGCCCUCAACCUGGCCCGCAUCGACAAGAUGGAGGAGGAGAUGCACAAGUGGAAGAGGAAGGACUUGGCCGCCAUCCACCGCAGCAUGGCCAACCCCGAGGAGCUGGACAAGCUGAUCUCCGACCGGCCUGAGAGCUGCCGGCGCCCUGGCAAACCGGGGGAACCGGAGGCCACCGUGCUGACUCGCGCCACCACGGUGGCCGUGGCUCGAGGCUGCCUGGCCGUCUCCCAGCUCCCACCCCAGCCACUGAUGACCCUGUCCCUGCAGUCGGUCCCCCUGCGCCACCAGGUGCAGCAGCCCCAGGCACACCUCGGUCCAGACUCGCCGGCGCCGGCACAGACGCCGCCACUGCAUGCCCUGCCGGACCUGAGCCCCGGCCCCCUCCCCCACCCCGCCACGGGACGGGCGCCCGUGGACUUCACCAACAUCAGCACCGACAUGAGCACCGAGGUGGACGCCCUGGACCCCAGCAUCAUGGACUUCGCCCUGCAGGGGAACCUGUGGGAGGAGAUGAAGGACGAGGGCUUCAGCCUGGACACGCUGGGGGCCUUCGGAGACUCCCUGCUGGGCUGUGACCCGGGGGCCUCGGGCCUGACCCCCGUCUCCAGCGGCAGCGACCAGCCCUUCCCCGACUUGCAGGUGACUGGUCUCUACGCCGCAUACUCCUCCCCGGACAGCGUGGCAGCGGCGGCCACCGCCUCCUCCUCCCAGUACCUGGGCGCGCCGGGGACCACGCCCAUAGCCCUGCUUUGAGCCCACGGCCUCUCCCAGCCUGGAACACCCCGGAGAGCGGACCAGAGCGCGGGGUGAAAGGCACCCCCCUUCCCACAGGCCUCUCCUGAACCUUUGGCAAAGCCGCGGGCAGGACAGGGACGCGGUCCCCCUCCUCGCCCCGUGCCCCUCUCACGCCCCCCGCCAAAGCUCCUGGGCCUUCCCGAGGCAAAAGCACAGAGGAGAGCGGGCACACAGCCCAGCGUCCCCUGGCUGUGUCGGGACUGAGACUCUCCGGCCUGCUUCCUGGCUGGGCGCCGUCAGGGACAGGCAGCCCACUCCUGGGGACACACUGUUGCGCCAGGGAAGCACCCCAGGGGGAAGGGCCUGGGGUUCACUCUCCUGGGAAACAGGCUGAACCGGAUGGGACAUCUGCCACGGCCGGCAGGAGACAGGCUCAGGGCUGGGACACGGGCUGGCGAACCACCGACCAAGCUGAACUUGGAUGGAACAAGCUGAACUUGGAAACAGGAGCCGGCCCGGGCGGCCUUCAGCCCCACGGCCCGGUAGUCUCGUAGAGUUUCAUAGCGCAGGUUCCUGGGCCACUCUGGGCACUGUGGCGUGUGUAAAUGUAUUUAUAUUUAUUGUGGCCCCCGUUCACCCCACUUCUUCGAACCCAGCCCGACGCCCCUGGAAUGAGCCUCCCCUCUCCGUCCCUCCCCGCAUCCCAGCACCCUAACUUCUACAUCAUCAGCGAAUCCCAUCUCUAACCGGCUCCUAAUCCCUCGGCCACCUGGAGCUUCUUUUUAGAACAAACAAGCACUUUGGAUACUGUGAAACACCCUAUUUUUUUUUAAUACUAGAGACCAGAUAUUUUUCUAACCGUUCAGUCAUGAUUCAAAUCCCUGCCACGAGCCCCUAAGAAGGGAGGCGGCAUUGCUUUGGGCUUGGGGACUUUCUAA